GUCUCACCGACAUGGAAAGGAUUUGAGAGGAUUAUUAUUAUUAUUAGCCCAGCCUUCUCCUUCGCAGGGCGGAGAGGAGGGGGUGGCGAUUAUUUUUAUUAUUCCCCCUCCCCCCUACAUUCCUCGAUAGGAAAUGGAAGACUUUGGGAUUCUGUAAAUGUAUGUAUAUCUAUAUUGCCUCACUGAAGAGCCUUAAAAGAAGAUUCCUUGGCUAAGGAAAAGCGGAGAGAAGAUUGUGGUUUCCCCCUUUCUCCUACAGGAAAAAGGAAGGGCUCUGUUCCUGGAGACUUUUCCUGCCUCCCUCCCACUCCCCAAAGCUGCUUCUCCCCACCCUCCCAGAAUUGCCACUGAUGCAUUUUCCAAGGGGUGGUAGAGGUGGAGAAGGUGGUGGUGGUGGAGGAGGUGGUGGAGGAGGAAGAGAAGAUGGAGGCGGUGGAAAUUCUCCUUCACUAGACCUCCCAAAUCCUAUUCAUCUUCUUCUUUGCCCUCCCGGCUGCUUCUUGGAAGAUCUUUCUGCUGCCCUUCCCUUGAAUUGCUGAUGGAGAUUUUACACCUUAAUGAUGCAGUAGGAUUCAUUUCGGGAUUACGUUGCAUGAUCUGAAUUUUGAAUGAAGGAGGAGACCAUUAAAAUCUUGCAUAUCUAUAUAUGAGGGGAGAGUGGAGCCAGUCUUGGGUUGAUUUUUUAAUUAUUAUUAUUUAAAUGUAUAAAGUAUAUAUUUUCUCUUCUUUUAAAUGUAUUAAAAGAGAUUUUAGGCUAAUUAUUUUUCUCUAAUAUUCUGUAUAUAUUGUACAUGUCUGUGGAGGAACUGACCAAGAUAUAGUUCUCAGAAUGGGAAUUCUGGGAUGGAUUGUAUUUUCAGCACCAUCUUUGAAGCACUGACUUUUUGAAAUAUUUUUUAGGAACUAUAAUUAUUCUAAUGUAUUAGGCUUUUGGAAGAUAACUUAUAAUAGUAAAAUAAUAGUAAUUAAGAGAGAAAGCCUGUUAAAAACUGAAGCAACCAUGUCUGGAGAAGUGCGCUUGAGACAAUUGGAACAGUUUAUUUUGGAUGGACCAACUCAGACAAAUGGGCAAUGCUUUAGUGUGGAAACCUUGCUGGAUAUACUGAUCUGCCUUUUUGAUGAAUGUAAUAACUCACCUUUGAGAAGAGAGAAGAAUAUUUUGGAAUAUCUAGAAUGGGCCAAGCCUUUCACUUCUAAAGUGAAACAGAUGCGACUACAUAAAGAAGAUUUUGAAAUCUUGAAAGUAAUUGGCCGAGGAGCCUUUGGGGAGGUUGCAGUGGUGAAAUUGAAAAAUGCAGAUAAAGUAUUUGCCAUGAAAAUAUUAAAUAAAUGGGAGAUGCUGAAAAGAGCUGAGACAGCUUGUUUUCGAGAAGAAAGGGAUGUAUUAGUGAACGGAGACAACCAAUGGAUUACAACAUUGCACUAUGCCUUCCAGGAUGAAAACUAUUUAUACCUGGUUAUGGAUUAUUAUGUUGGUGGAGAUUUACUUACUUUACUCAGUAAGUUCGAGGACCGAUUACCUGAAGAAAUGGCUCGUUUUUAUUUAGCUGAAAUGGUGGUAGCAAUUGAUUCUGUACAUCAGCUACACUAUGUGCACAGGGACAUCAAACCAGACAACAUCUUGAUGGAUAUGAAUGGACACAUUCGGUUAGCAGAUUUUGGUUCCUGCCUAAAAUUGAUGGAAGAUGGAACGGUUCAGUCUUCAGUGGCAGUUGGAACACCAGACUACAUCUCUCCAGAAAUCUUACAAGCCAUGGAAGAUGGGAAAGGAAAAUAUGGCCCUGAAUGUGACUGGUGGUCCCUAGGUGUUUGCAUGUAUGAAAUGCUUUAUGGAGAAACACCCUUUUAUGCAGAAUCCCUGGUAGAGACCUAUGGAAAGAUAAUGAAUCAUAAAGAGCGGUUUCAGUUUCCUAUCCAAGUAACAGAUGUGUCUGAAAAUGCCAAGGACCUUAUUCGAAGACUCAUCUGCAGCAGAGAGCAUAGACUUGGGCAGAAUGGAAUAGAAGACUUUAAAGGCCACCCAUUCUUUGCAGGGAUUGACUGGGAUAACAUACGAAACUGCGAAGCACCGUACAUCCCUGAAGUCAGCAGUCCAACAGAUACAUCAAACUUUGAUGUGGAUGAUGAUUGUUUGAAGAAUUCUGAAACGAUGCCUCCCCCAACGCACACUGCUUUUUCUGGCCAUCACCUUCCAUUUGUUGGAUUUACAUACACAAGCAAUUGUGUCCUCUCGGAUCGGAGUACUCUAAGAUUUGCGGCUGGACAACGUGCUGUGGACCUAGAUGCAAAUGUUCAAAGGACACUUGAAGAUACUUUAGCCACAGAAGCAUAUGAAAGGAGAAUAAGACGUCUAGAGCAGGAAAAAGUUGAACUUAGCAGGAAACUUCAAGAAUCCACACAAACGAUCCAGGCCUUACAUUAUUCAACUGUAGAUGGACCAUUAACAGUAAGCAAAGAUACAGAAAUUAAAAGUUUAAAAGAAGAAAUUGAAAAUCUAAGAAAACAGGUGACUGAUUCUGGACAACUAGAGCAACAACUUGAAGAAGCCAGUUCUACAAGACGAGAAUUGGAAGAUGCUGCAAGGCAAAUCAAACAUUUUGAGAAGCAAAUCAAAGCACUAAAGCAAGAAAGGGAUGAUCUUAAUAAGGAACUGCUUGAAUCUAGUGAAAGAUUAAAGACUCAGACCAAAGAGCUGAAAGAGGCACAUAGCCAGAGGAAAUUGGCCAUGCAGGAAUUCUCCGAAAUGAACGAACGACUUACUGACUUGCAUUCACAAAAACAGAAACUUGCCCGUCAAGUCAGAGAUAAGGAAGAAGAAAUGGAAGUGGUGAUUCAAAAGGUAGAAACUUUGAAACAAGAGCUGCGUAAAACAGACAGAUUGAAAAAGGAACUGGAAGUUCAUGCUGAAGCUGCAGUUGCGGAAGCAUCGAAAGACAGGAAAUUGCGUGAGCGAAGUGAGCAGUAUUCUAAGCAGCUGGAAAAUGAGUUGGAAGGACUAAAGCAGAAGCAAAUUGGUCGCACUCCAGGGGUAAGCACAACAGAACAUCAGCAAGAGAUCACCAAAUUAAAAGUUGACUUGGAAAAGAAAAAUGUUUUUUAUGAAGAGGAGCUAUCUAAGCGAGAAGUAAUACAUUCUAAUGAAAUAAAAAACCUGAAGAAAGAACUGCGUGAUGCAGAGAGCCAACAACUUGCUCUCAAAAAAGAGAUCCUAAUUUUGAAAGACAAGUUAGAAAAGACAAGAAGAGAAAGCCAAAGUGAAAGGGAGGAGUUUGAAACAGAGUUCAAACAGAAAUAUGAACGGGAGAAAAUUUUACUGACUGAAGAGAGCAAAAAACUUUCCAGUGAGCUUGAUAAGCUUACAGCCAUGUAUGAAAGAUUAAGCAUGAGUAACCGUCAACUGGAAGAAGAGAUGAGAGAUCUUGCUGACAAAAGAGAAUCUGUAGCACAUUGGGAAGCCCAGAUCACUGAAAUCAUCCAGUGGGUGAGUGAUGAAAAGGAUGCUCGAGGCUAUCUUCAAGCCUUAGCCUCUAAAAUGACGGAAGAGCUUGAAGCCCUAAGAAACUCCAGUUUGGGUGCAAGAGGAACAGACAUGCCCUGGAAGAUGCGCCGUUUUGCAAAACUGGAUAUGUCUGCAAGGUUAGAACUACAGUCAGCCCUUGAUGCUGAAAUACGAGCCAAACAAGCCAUUCAAGAGGAGUUGAAUAAAGUAAAAACUUCUAACAUUGCAACAGAAUGCAAACUACAGGAAUCGGACAAGAAGAACUCUGAACUGCUGUUAGAAAUAGAGAGAUUGAAAAAAGAGACAGAAGAACUCCGCUCGGAGAAGGGUGUAAAGCACCAAGACUCACAGAAUUCUUUCUUGGCAUUUUUGAAUGCGCCUGCCUCUGCUCUGGAUCAAUUUGAAGACUCCUUUUCUUCUUCAUCCUCAUUGAUUGAUUUUAUGGAUGACCGCUCUCCUUCCUGUAUUCCAGCUCACAAAGGCAGACGUAUUGAUUCUGUUGAAAAUUUUACCUUAUCUAAUACACCUUCGCGGGAUGAAGAUAUCAAGUGUCACCUUCAUUCAAGAUCUAGGUCCCCCUCCACAGCUAGUGACAUUGAACCAAUUGAGGUUUCAGAUCACCCUUUGCGACCGGUUCAUACACCAACCAUGAGAUCACCAUAUAUUGGUUCAGGACUCUCUGUGCCAAAGCCUAAGGCCCAUCAAUUUGUAGUGAAAUCCUUUAAUACCCCUACAAAAUGCAAUCAGUGCACAUCUUUGAUGGUUGGCUUAAUCAGACAGGGCUGUAUCUGUGAAGUGUGUGGCUUUUCUUGCCAUGUGACCUGUGCAGACAAAGCACCAGCUGUGUGCCCAAUCCCACCUGACCAAACAAAGGGGCCUCUGGGGAUUGACCCGCAGAAAGGCAUAGGGACUGCUUAUGAAGGACAUGUCCGAGUCCCUAAGCCAGCUGGAGUGAAGAAAGGCUGGCAGAGAGCACUAGCUGUUGUCUGUGAUUUCAAGCUUUUUCUUUACGAUAUAGCAGAAGGGAAAGCAUCCCAACCCUCUGUGGUAGUGAGUCAAGUUCUUGAUAUGAGGGAUGAAGAAUUCUCAGUGUGUUCUGUCUUGGCUUCUGAUGUCAUCCAUGCAAAUCGAAAAGAUAUUCCCUGUAUUUUUAGAGUUACAGCCUCACAACUGUCAGCGUCCAGUAAUAAGUGUUCAAUCCUGAUCCUAGCUGACAGUGAGAAUGAAAAGAGCAAAUGGGUUGGAGUCCUAAAUGAAUUGCACAGGAUUUUAAAGAAGAACAAGCUCAAAGAUCGCUCAGUCUAUGCUCCCAAAGAAGCCUAUGACAGCACUUUGCCUCUCAUUAAAACCACCCAGGCAGCAGCAAUCAUAGAUCAUGAAAGAAUAGCUCUGGGCAAUGAAGAAGGGUUAUUUAUGGUUCAUGUCACCAAAGAUGAGAUAAUCCGUGUUGGUGACAACAAGAAAGUUCAUCAGAUUGAGCUUAUUCCAAAUGAACAGCUUAUUGCAGUGAUCUCAGGACGAAAUCGUCACGUGCGGCUAUUCCCAAUGACAGCCUUGGAUGGACGAGAAACUGAAUUUUAUAAACUAGCAGAGACAAAAGGUUGCCAGACUAUAGUUUCUGGACAAGUGCGCCAUGGAGCCCUUACUUGCUUGUGUGUGGCAAUGAAAAGACAGGUCCUCUGCUAUGAACUGAACCACAGCAAAGCACGUCACAAAAAGAUAAAAGAGAUCCAAGUGGCCGGCAAUGUCCAGUGGAUGGCGAUCUUUAGUGAGCGGCUUUGUGUGGGCUAUCAAUCAGGAUUCGUAAAGUACCCUUUGCAUGGAGAAGGAAACACACACAGUUUACUUCAUCCAGAUGAUCACACACUGUCAUUCAUUGCACAACAACCAACGGAUGCCAUCUGUGCAGUUGAAAUCUCAAAUAAGGAAUAUCUGCUGUGUUUUAGCAGCGUGGGGGUUUAUGUAGACUGCCAAGGUCGAAGGUCAAGGCAACAGGAAUUGAUGUGGCCUGCAACUCCUUCCUCUUCCUGUUAUAAUGCACCAUACCUCUCAGUGUACAGUGAAAAUGCAGUUGAUAUAUUUGAUGUGAAUUCCAUGGAAUGGAUUCAGACUAUCCCCCUAAAAAAGGUACGCCCUUUGAACAUGGAAGGAUCACUAAAUGUCCUAGGUCUGGAAACAGUUAGAUUAAUAUAUUUCAAAAACAAAAUGGCUGAGGGUGAUGAGCUGGUGGUUCCUGAAACAUCAGAUAACAGCCGGAAGCAAAUGGUCCGAAAUAUCAACAAUAAACGGCGUUAUUCCUUUAGAGUGCCCGAGGAGGAAAGGAUGCAGCAGAGGAGGGAGAUGCUACGAGAUCCAGAAAUGAGAAAUAGAUUAAUUUCUAACCCAACUAACUUUAACCAUAUAGCACACAUGGGCCCAGGAGAUGGUAUACAGAUCCUCAAAGACCUGCCUAUGCCAGCCCCCCCUUCUCCAUCCCCUCAUCAUCACUCCUGUCUCAUCUCUUCUCCAAGCAACUUUGAGCACAUCUAUCACAUGACUGUUAAUUCAGCUGAAAAUUUCCUCUCCCAUGAUUCCGUAAACCCUGCAUAUCCCCCAUCUCUACACUUUCUCCCUCGUACACCAGCCUUUAUGAAUCUAAGGAACCUUCGUCCUCAGGAAAGUCGGACCAUGUUCAGUGGUUCUGUCAGUAUCCCAUCAAUCACAAAAACCCGCACUGAACCAGGACGUUCCAUGAGUGCUAGCAGUGGGUUAGCAGCAAGAUCAUCUGCGCAAAAUGGCAGUGCUUUGCGGAGGGAAUUCUCAGGAGGUAGUUAUGGAGCAAAGCGUCAGCCCAUGACGUCCCCUUCGGAUGGCUCCUUGUCUUCUGGUGGAAUGGACCAAGGAAGUGAUGCACCAGCGAGGGACUAUGAGAGAGAGGACUCUGACUCUCCAAGGCAUUCGACAGCUUCUAACAGCUCCAACCUGAGCAGCCCUCCCAGCCCCAUAUCUCCUCACAAGACCAAGAGCCUCUCCUUAGAGAGCUCUGACCAUGUGAGUUGGGACACUUGAACUGCUUCAACAUUCAGACUUGACACCUCAGCAGCCUGUUGUCCCCUGACUUUCCAUUUGCUCUCACUGCUAUCAUCCCGCAACGUUCCUCCCAAAAGUAACUAUGGGAGGGAAGGAUGGGAGGAAGAGAAUAUGUUUGCCUUCUCUGGCGCACGCAGCAUAAAAUCUCUGCUCUUUCCUCAUUCAGUAACAACAGCGAGCAAGAAAAAACCUUGGUGGAGGGCAGUUGGGCAGGCUGUUAUGUGGGAAAUAUUGAUAUAUUUGUAUUAGUAUCUAUUUUAUUUCAUAGGAUAACAGCUGUUUUUAUUAUUAUGGACAUAUUCCAUAUCACACCACCACUCAAAAAAAUCCACAGUAGUAUAGACUGACUAAAACACAUUAUGUAUAGGGAAAAAACAGAUAGAUUUUGCUUUGACACACACAGUAUCAUAUUCUAUUUUUCCAAAAUUAGCUCAGCAACACUGCUCCAUCUCUGGCAGUGGGGCAAGAAUUACCCUGUAAAGGGUAGAGACACAUGCUUACAGCCAAUCACUCCGUUUGAAUGUCAGUCUGAUUGUUGCCAGCAAAUCCAUAUUGGUUUUUUAAAAAAUGAUGCAUAUUUUUUCCUACAGUACAGAGUUUAAGUAAAUACGCAAAAUUAAGAGUUAGUACAUAUGUAUAUAAUAAAAGAAAAAGCAUUGUAAUGCAGCAGAAAAUGGGUUCCUAUUUAAGAGAUCCUUAAUUUAAGAAGACUUGUGUUGUUCCCUUUUUCAUUCUAAAUAAUCUACAGAUUGAGAGUUGAUUUAAAUAUACAAUAUGGCACUGGAUAAAAACAUAGAGCCUGGAGAAAGACUCGAUUCUCACAAUGUGCUCUGUAACAUUUCUUUCCCCAUCAGUAAAACUAAAGCCAUAAUCCUCACUUCUAAAUUAUCUCUGCCUUUUGUCUGUGAUCUAGUUCAUUCUGCAAUCACCCCCUCCCCCACUACCAAUGUCAAGGAUGGCUUAGCUUAGAAAUCCGGACUCAGCCAUGAGCAACAGUGGUGGAAACAUAGCCAAAGUCAGUGCGGAUAGGUUGGAAAAAGUUGGAACUGGGCUUUAAAGACAUUCUGGCCAUUUAGCAACCAGCAAAUCUAUUUCACAUUUGGUGGGCUUACUAUUAUCAGCCAAAUGUAAUCAACAGUUGUUCUAAAACAGAAUAUUUUAAAUAUCUGCUGAUUGCCCAUGCCUAAACAAAUCUGUUGUUGUUAGCCUUUUACUUUGCUAGAAUCCUUGGUAGCUCAAGACUUCUAGUCUGGAGAUUUUCAUUACUGUUGUCUUCCCAUGUGUGUGUAAUGUUAUUGCUGUUAAAUGAUGACUGGAACCAGAAGAGAAACACUUGACAUGAUAAAACCUUUAUCUCUGGAUGGCAGACAUUAAAGACCAUCAUUAAUUAAAUAAGCAGUUAUAAAUGUAUCAUGCAAACAGAAAACAAAACCAAGUCAACUUUCACAACUUUUUGAGCAAGAUGAGAGUGCAGUUUUGCCCUAGAUUGAUGUGAUUUUUCUUGGAAAUACAGCUUCCAUUCAACAUAAUCAAGCUCAAGUUGAUAAAGAAUUGAAUGGUUGUGUAUCAGUGGAGAAUAUUCCAUGGCAUUUUGAUAACCCUUCCUGGCUGCUAUCAAACCAUUCCAAAUCUUUUUGACCAGAAGGCAAAGCAACAAAAUUAAUGGCGUAGCCUAUGUUCCCUUUGAAAAUUGUCAACUGCAGUCAUGCAAGGUACAGUUUCAUUAGAACUAUGUGAUACAGAUCGUCUUUUAUCAUAUAGUUGUAUUAGUCUGCUGAUGGCUGAUUCUGUGUCUUUUUUCUGCAUUGAGUGGAUUGCCAAAUUCAAAGCUACCAUUUAGCUAUUUUAUACUGAGGAGAACUUUCAGGUGGGGUGAACACAAACUGUUUCUAUGGAGUAUGGUGGUGUCCUAAUCCUGUCUUGUCAAAUUUGGCUUGUCAAGAAUUUUAAAACUGAUAUAUGUUUUGUUGUCACAGGUGUAAACUACAGUUUCUGCUUUGUAUCUCAUGACAACAGUUAUACCUGAUAAGCUAAUUUCAUGAUCCACUGGCUUGCCAGAUGCUAUCAGGGCACAGGGUCUCUGAGAUUCAUUGGCUAUGCUUUCUUUUGAGCAUUCACUAUCAAGCAAAAGGUUCUGCUUCAAGGUGCUUUUAUUCCUCCCUGUGGUGCUCCUCCUGCCCACCUUCAACACCUUUCUGAAGAGCUUAACAUGUUGUGCUUCAUACACAGUGCUAUUUACAUGCACACAUAUUGGAGGGUUUUUAAGGCCUGGAGCUCUUCAGGUGGGCUGAGUGGUUUUCUACUUCAAAGGUUUUCUUGGAAGUCCACACCAAAUCUGUGGUAACUCCUCUGUGUUUCGCCUGAGCAUUUAAACUAAGUCAGUGCCUGCCUUUCUAGGAAAAACAUAAAUUUACAAGAAGCAACUGCAAAAAUAUUAGCCCCUAACAGUUUCAUUGUAUGUGAUGUUGAGCCAUUUCACAGAUAAUUGCUGUGAUAUCUUCAUCCUAGGAGGCACCAAGACACUGUGAUAUGGUCUGAAUACUUGUUUCUGGCUGUGACCAAUACAGAUGCUUUAAUACCUCCAAUACAUGUUGCUGGUGAAUUUGAGAUUUGCUACAAUGCACUGCUCAGCUUUCAUUCAUGUGAAUGCAUUUCUCCAAGCAUUUUGGCACCCCUUAAAUGGAUACUAAUUUGAUUAACACCUGUUUGUGUACGUAAUUUACAAUGUUUUCCCUAAAUGAAAGGAUUUUCUUUGAGUUGGUUCAGCGCUUCCUUAUCCCAUUAUUCUUGAGACUCAAUAAAUUGGGUUUUAAUUGUAGAAUAUCUUCAAAGCAUACAGGUCUUGCCUCAGGCUCCAUUGUGCAUUUCUGUAGUAAAGACACAUGCAGUACCUAUAUAUGUCAUUCAUUUUCCUUUUCAAAGCACAAUCCUGUUUUGUUUUUUUAAAGAAUUCUACUGAAUUAUUUUGUUAGCUGGCUUCUUCUAAAGAUUGUUUUGUGCGAUAAUUUUUCUGUGUUCCUAACCAGCGUCUUUUUAGGACAGGACUUUUGGUUUGGGGGAAUACAGAUGACAUUUCUGUUAAACUCUCAGGUAUGUGAAAGUAGCAGGAUGUCUUCACAUGAUAAUCAUGACAUGCAAUAAUGUAUUUGUAGAAUGAGAUUCAUCACAGAUGCAUCCUUGGUGCAAUCAGAGUUUUUGGUCUGUAGUGAUGUGAGUUUGGGUGAGAGAUUGAAAUCAUGAUGAUGGUUUAUGACCCUGAAUGUGGAAAAAAAAACAAUUGUGUCUUUUUAGACAGUGAGUUGAAAACAACAACCCAGCUACAGUACCUCAGUUUCUUUUUCUGGUCUGUCAUUAAGUCAGAAAUUGGAAACCCCAAAUCUGGCCUGCUGCAAGGACCUUCUUAGCCUUAGGAAAUUUCACCAUGAGUGAAAGUAACCUCUGUAUAACCUGGCUUCCAUAUAUGGAUGCCCUGCUUGGAGACCUCAGGAAGCACACAUGCCUUGGGGUGAAUGUCAUUGAGAGGCUCAUGUCCAAAGUUGAGCUCAGUGGAAGUAGGUGCCAUGCCUAAAGGCUAUUGGGACAGUAGCCAGUUUCAUCCCUGAAGCAUCACAACUAUCAGGUUUUUUCCUGGUAGAUAGAUCUGUGUUUCUAACUCCAAGCCUACAAGGGAGCCUUCAAAGAUCAGAUAUGCUGUCAAUUUUCAACUUUUUAGACCAUGUUGUGCAUUAAAGCAACUUCACACGACUUGUCACCCACCAUGUCUUUCUUUAUGGAAACUCUCCCUUCCUGCACAAGGACUUGCCUCAGUCAUGGGGAAGCAAUCCACAACCAAAAAGCAGUUUUUGGGUAUUUCACAGCAAUUAUAACCUGCCUUUAUAUGUAUGAUGGUUUCAUAUCAUUUAUUUUUAAAAAAAGGUAUUUUUAGGGAUUUUUUGCAUUGUAAUAUUAUUGUACAGUUUUGCAUGGCCUAGAUGUAAUCACUUUUUUUGUUUUGUUUUAGAGUAUAAAAGCUGACAAGUGUGCGUGUGGGGAAAGAUACUGCUUUUUGCCUCUUCUCACUCUUCUCUUAUUUUUUGAUUUAUGCCCUCAGUGUUGUAGGGGACAUUGUAAGAAAUUCUCUGCUCCAGAACAAUGAUGUAGAUUCUAUUGCACAGAAAUAUUUAAGGUGGAUCAGUCAAUGAUGUAAUAAAUGACAGGCCACCAAUAUUUUAUGUUGGUAACACUUAAUAUUAACCUACUUUGAUGUAUUGCAAUAAAACAGGGAACUAUUAGAAAUACA